AUGAGCAAUUCUAUCACAUUAGCAAUCCUUGGCUGUGGUAAUUUAGGAACGGCCAUUCUGUCUGGCAUUCUCAAAUCCUCUAUCGACUCAAAUGUGUCGAAAAUACCGAAUCAUGAUAUAAAUAUCCAACGAUACAUUGCUUGCAUCAGCACACCUCAGAGCGUAGAGAGAAUUAAAAAAACUCUCGGUCAUCUUUCCGGAAAUGUGGAAAUUAUGCAAGGUCGCAAUACUGAAGCCAUAGCUUUAGCUGAUUAUAUUAUCCUCGGCUGUAAACCGAAUAAAGUUCAAGAUAUACUCCAAGAAGAUGGAAUUGCCGAAGCCCUUGAAGGAAAGGUACUCAUCUCCAUUUGUGCCGGUGUUACAGUGUUGCAAAUGCAGUCAUAUAUACCAAGUCAUACAACAUGCCGUAUUGUCCGAGUUAUGCCAAACACUGCCUCUGCCGUACAUCAAUCGAUGACAGUCAUCGAAACCUCUAACCCUCCACUCCCAUCCACGACCUCCGCAUUCAUUAGUUGGAUCUUCAAACAAAUCGGUAUCGUCAUCAACUUACCACCCUCACAAUUAGAUGUUGCCACUGCCCUUUGCGGCUCAGGCCCCGCUUUCUUUGCCCUUAUUCUCGAGUCUGCCAUCGAUGGUGCUGUAGCCAUGGGCCUACCUCGUGCUGAGGCAACUCUUAUGGCAUCACAGACUAUGAAAGGCACUGCUGAGAUGGUCCUCGCGGGAGAACACCCCGCUAUACUCAAGGACAAAGUUAGCAGUCCAGGAGGAUGUACCACAGGUGGUCUAACGGUUCUAGAAGAGGGUGCAGUAAGAGGAAAGUUUGCAGGAGCUGUAAAGCAGGCAACAAUUGUUGCCGGCCAACUUGGCAAUAGAACAAGAUUGAUACGAUAG